AGGCAACGUUUCAGUCAAUUUUCAGUCGUCAAAGCAGGCGGACGUGCAAGCAAAAAUUCAGCUCCAAACGUCUGGAAAAUAUUGAAAGAGACUUGAGAGGAUUACGUACUUAAGAACUAGCAACUCGCAACUCGCAACUCGCAGCUCGCACCUCGCACCUCGCAAAAAACCGAAAAGAAUAAGAACACACAUUGCAAAAAUGUCAGCACGCCGCGUCACAUUGAACACACGCGUCUCGCGCGCCUCCACCUCCACGCCGGUGGGCGGGGCAUCCACCUCCUCAAGGCUGGGCGCCACCUCACCCACCUCGCCCACGCGCACCAGCCGGCUGCAGGAGAAGGAGGAGCUGCAGCAUCUGAACGAUCGCCUGGCCUGCUACAUCGAUCGCAUGCGCAACCUGGAGAACGAGAACAGCCGGCUCACCCAGGAACUGAAUCUCGCCCAGGAUACCGUCAACAGGGAGACCUCCAAUCUGAAGGCGGUCUAUGAGAAGGAACUGGCCGCCGCCCGCAAGCUGCUGGAUGAGACGGCCAAGGAGAAGGCCAAGCUGGAGAUCGAUAUCAAGCGUCUCUGGGAGGAGAACGACGACUUGAAGCCGAGACUCGACAAAAAGACGAAGGAGGCAACUGUGGCCGAGAACAAUGCCCGCCUGUAUGAGACCCGCUACAAUGAUGUGAAUGGCAAGUACAACCAGUCCUUGGCCGACCGCAAGAAGUUCGAGGAUCAGGCCAAGGAGCUGGCUUUGGAGAACGAACGCCUGCGCCGCCAACUGGAUGAUCUUCGCAAGCAGCUGGAGGCGGAGACGCUGGCCCGCGUCGACCUGGAGAACCAGAACCAGAGCCUGCGCGAGGAGCUGGCCUUCAAGGAUCAGGUGCACACCCAGGAGCUCACCGAGACCCGAUCCCGUCGCCAGAUCGAGAUCAGCGAGAUCGACGGCAGACUGUCGCGCCAAUACGAGGACAAGCUGCAGCAAUCGCUCCAGGAACUCCGUGAUCAGUACGAGGGUCAAAUGCGCGCCAAUCGCGAGGAGAUCGAGCUGCUGUACGACAAUGAGAUCCAGAACCUCAAGGCUGCCGCCAAUAGGGCUGCCCAGGGAUCUGCUCAUGCCACCGAGGAAGUUCGUCUCAUGCGCACCAAGAUCGACGGCUUGAACGCCAAGCUGCAGGAUCUGGAGAACACCAAUGCUGGCUUGAAUUCUCGCAUUCGGGAGUUGGAGAACCUCUUGGACACGGAGCGCCAGCGCCACAACCAGUACAUCGCCUCCUUGGAGGCCGAACUGCAGCGCAUGCGCGACGAGAUGGCUCACCAGCUGCAGGAGUACCAGGAUCUGAUGGACAUCAAGGUGUCUUUGGAUCUCGAGAUUGCCGCUUACGACAAAUUGCUGUGCGGUGAGGAGCGUCGUCUGAACAUUGAGUCGCCCGGUCGUCCGACUGCCGAUUCCGGAAUCUCCAGCAAUGGCAGCCACCUGACCGCCAGUGCCAGUUCCCGAUCCGGCAGGGUCACGCCCAGUGGACGUCGCUCGGCUACACCUGGCAUCUCUGGAUCCAGCGCCGUGAAGCGUCGCCGCACCGUGAUCGAUGAGAGCGAGGAUCGCACCCUGUCCGAGUACUCGGUGAAUGCCGCCGCCAAGGGAGAUCUGGAGAUCAUUGAGGCCGACGUGGAGGGACGUUUCAUCAAGCUGCACAACAAGGGUACCGAGGAGAUCAAUCUGACGGGCUGGCAGCUAACCCGCAUUGCCGGCGACGAAGAACUGGCCUUCAAGUUCUCGCGAGGAUCGAAGGUGCUUGGCGGUGCCAGUGUCACCAUUUGGUCCGUCGAUGCCGGAACCGCACACGAUCCACCCAACAACCUGGUGAUGAAGAAGAAGUGGCCGGUGGCCAACUCGAUGCGUUCGGUGCUGGCCAAUGCCGACAAAGAGGUGAGAGUCUUGUCCAUAUACAACACAUGCGGCACUUGCGACAUCUGCCGCCACUGCAGACACCUCGAAUUCGUGCUCGACCAGAUGUUGCCAGCUACGACCGUGUCCGUGCUAACGUUUCCAGCCACACCUCGCGGCAUCGCAGCAGCGGCACGCCCAGCACGGGCUUUACCCUCGGUUCCGGAGCUGGCUCCACUGGCGUGAGGAGUCUCUUCUCCCUGCUCUUCUAGACGGGGACCACUCCACCUUCGAAUCGGACUGGCUCGGCUUGAUGAUCAGGCCCAUCCAAAACCACAACUCACCGCAGAGACUCACAGACUCCGAGCUGCACAUUCACACCACACAGAUCUGUUCUGCAUACAUAGGCACAUGGAUGUCUAUCACAUAUCAAGCUAAAUGUGAAUUACAUAUGUACAACAAUCAAAUCUUGUUCAACUCUUAAUGUUAAAUGUUUAAGUGCCCUUAGUUGAUGUCUUUGACUCUAUGCGUCUCCUAUGUUUAAGUAAGUUUUUUCACGCUCUACACUCUCUCUCUCUAAUUUAUGAUGAGAACAUGCAUUUUGGUAAAAAUACAAAAAUAAAUACAAAUAAAUGUUACAAGAAA